AACCUCACUGCAGCAUCAAAGCAGCCGAGGAAGGCGCACGAUGCAAAUGAGCUGCACCUCAGAGCUGGUGCCUAACCACAGCUGUGCCUCUGCCUGGGCUGUGGGGAUGAGCUGAUGGGUCUCCUGCUGCAGCUUCCUGCUCACCUGGAAGGUGCUCGAGGCACUGGGGCAGGUGUGGAGCUGGAAGCUCCAUCCUGAGGUGCUGAUGGAGACCGGCAGAGGAGCAGGCAGAGCGCAGCUUUGUUGGUUGAGGACACACAUCUGCUCUCACAAGCACUUGUGGCUCUUGCUUUUGCUGCUACUGAAAGGGAACACAUGACAAAUAAAAGCAGGGGUCUGACAGCCUAAACACCAGAUUGUCCUGGCCAUGGAGGAGCGUCUUGGUGCUCCCAGCAGCCCUUCACUCACUGCCUGCUCUCAUUCCUAUUCCUGUAAGUGUAUUUUGUUCUGAUACUAAACUUGGAGCAAACUCAAAGACCAUUAGUCAUGGCUUCUGCUUUCUGGGGCUUUAAUUAUUUUUUAAUGCUUUCUGAAAAUGGUAACCACAGGGGAAAAUGUGGUCCUUAGCCAGAGGCUGGGCUGAAGUGGCUGGAAUGAUUUUGACCACCAGUUUUUUAUGAGAACAAGAUUUCCAGUUCCUGCAGAAACAUGUCCUUGGUCUCGUGCUCCCCUCUCUGCUGGGCUGAUUCAGUGCUCUAGGUGUGUCCCACACCUGUGAUCCCAGCACUCUCAGGCAUGAGAAUGCCCUGGGCACGGGUCUGUGCUCCCUGGCAGGUGUUACAGGUGAGAGGGAGGAGCUGGAGCUGCUUUUCAAACUGAAGCUGAGGAGGGAGGGAGGCACUAGGGGUUUCUUUCAAAGAGCAGAGGUGUGGGCCAUGCCUGAGGCACACUUGCUCCCUGGGUAGGGUAACCUGUGCUGCUCCAGUGGAGCAGGUGCAGUUUGCCCCAGUUUGUUUGAAGUCUGGAGAUGUCCAGAGGCUGCUCCUGCUGGCAGCCAUGCAGGACAAGGCUGUGGGCAGUUUUGGGAGGUUCACAGGGAGCUGGGGAACUGGGGGGCUGCAGCUGCUCUCCUGUGGCACAGGAGGGGGUUCCAAAAGCCCCCUUUAGCUGCAGUUCCCAGGUGGCAGGUGGAGCCUGGCCCUCUGGAGCAGCUCUGCUCCCUGAGCCAGGGAACAGCCUGUCCUUGCUCGCAGCAGCAGGCCCAGAGCUUGUCUCAGCUGAGCAGUUCCACUCACCCAAAAACCCCAGGCAGCCUCACUUGGUAUCACUGGCAAAUGCAGAGCUGCCAUCCCAGGGACUCCAGUCCAUGCCAGGGGCCAGAGAAGUGGUGGGCACCCAGGACAGAGGGGGAGCAGCCACCCCACCACCGUCACUGAACAGCUGUGGAGGAAGCUCUGGGCUGCAGACCUGAGCAGAACCAAGAAGCAGCAGUCUGGAUGCUGAUGCCACAUCACAUCUCCUCCCAGGCCCUGUGGCUGCCAGGGCAUGGCCAAUUCCUCCUCUCCAGGGUGAGCAGCUCGCCGAGUGGGCACUGUGGGGCCAUCACCGAGGGUGCAAACGAAGCCGUGGGACCAGCCCAUGGUGUGCUGCUGCAGGAGGCUCCUGUCCCUGCUUGGGUCUUCUGGAAAUCCCCUGGCACCCUCGUGGUGGCUGUGUGAGCCUGGCAGAGGCUGAGGUGGGGGGAAAAGGGAGACCAGGGACGGCUGUGGCUGCCACCACAUCUCGCUCUGUCGGGGAAAUUCCUUCGGCAGUUUAACGAUAUCUCUGCAUCAUCCUUAUCUAUGGUUGUCUGCUCACUUCAGGAGAGAGUUUUCUAUUUAAGGGACAUCAGCUAAAGUCUGAUUCCUUCCCAGGAUCACCUGGCAGAAGCCCAUCACCCUUCAAGCACGAAGGCUGAUGUGUGUCCUUGGCACGUCCCAGUGCCCCAGUUAGGAGCUUGCCUGGGGAGGGGUCCUGGCAUCUCACGUGGCACGAGAAUGCUGCUUUCCCCUUGCUGGGCUGGAACACAGUCCAUGGAGUAACAGAGAGGAUUUAGUGGUGUCUGGGCUGAAGGCCUCUCCAGCUACCAAGGGAGAAGGGCUGGGGCUCUUUGUGCCCGGGGUUUUCUCUGAAUCAGAGCCAGCACAGCAAGGCUCCACCUCAUCUCCACCUCAAUCUCCCUGUCUUAGGAGAAGAAACACUUUCCCUCUGAUCUGGGCUCUCAGUUGUGUCUGUGCUGAAGACGCAGCUGAAAGAAUUAAUUUUUGUAAGGUUCUAUGAAGCAAAGGCCCUGAAAAACCUUUUUGUAGGUUCUGAAAAAGCAAAGAUGAGGAAGAGACAAAUGAUCAAGAUGGAGAUGUCAUCAAAUUCCUGGGUUAUAAGUCACUGACUUUGCAGCCGUGAGUCUGUUGGAAGGACCUGUCUGAGGGAAAAUGAAGGGCUCUGAGGAUCUGUUUCAUGUGUGAGCUCUGCCAGCCUGCUGGGGAGAGGACAGCGCCUGCCUCAGUGCAUCGGCCUCGACCACGCUCCACAGGUAUUAUGAAGAUAUGAAAGAAGAUGUGUUUUUUACACAUCUGAAAAUGAGUUUCUCUGAGCAGAAAGAGAAGCAAGGCAAUUGCUGCAGACCCAGUUCAUGCCCAAGAGGACAGCACCUGCUCUUGUUUUUGGAAGUCCACACUGUCCAGCUGUUUGCAGGCAGCUCAGCUGGUUCUUCCACGAGUUAAAUUCUCCUGUCCAACCCCCCAACUCCUCCUUUUCCAGGGGAUGAGAGCACUUUCCGUGGGCAAUGGGUGCUGAAUGAAGGUGAAGCCAGCAAGGGCUGCUGGGUUUUGGUUGAAGGUUUCUGCUCUGUGCCUGUCACACCCAGAGAGCUCCCCAUGGGCCGGGGGCUGGGGUCUGUGCCCCUUCCUGUGAUCCUGGGCACUGCCAGGCUCCAGCUGAGUGCUGGCACAACCACAGCAAUGCAGGAUUUAACCUUGGCUCCAACCAACAGCCAAAGUUUGGAUUCACUCAGCUCCCCAGUCUGGGAAAGCCCAGAAAUGACAGACCCAUGUAGGAGAUACUGGAUUGUCAUCAAACCCAAUCAAACCAGCAGGGCUAAUUACCAGCUUGCUCUGGUUUCCUUCAGUCCUUGCUGGAACAAAGCUCCUGCAUGUGUCACUGAGAGGAGUUUCCUUGGAAAACCAGCAAGGUGACCAGAGCAGCAGCACACCCAGAGCCAUCCCAUCACUAGAAGGACUUGGUGACUGCAAAGGGUCGAGGCAAAACCCCAAGAGACUCCAGCUUUAGGGCCCCUGUGGAAAAGGGACCAAAAUCCUUCUGAUAAACAUGGCAGAUUCUGGCAAAUGCUGGGUGUGCGCAGUUGGGUCGGGAUUCCAAAGGCCUGGAAGGUUCCAGAAGGAGAGCAGGGCCUCUGAAAGCCACCAGGUAGUGUCCACUUCCAUGUGCAGGGCAGGAGGAGAAGCUGAAAGCAAGGAAAAGCACGAAAGAGUGUGUGCAAGGGUGUUUGGGGUGCCCCUGGAUGCGUUGUCCUCUCUCCUGUUUCGGAUACAACGCCAGGGACAUUGUUUGAAACGCAGCUUUUGUGCCACCAGCGCUGCUAACUCAGGCUGAGAGACACUUGCACUGGGGGAGUACAGAAAUGACAAGGUAAUUCCAGAAAUAAAUAAGCACAACCUUCACCCACGGGGUUUUUUAGUCUUAGAAAGAAAACCAGUACAAAAUCCAGAGUUGGAGAGAGAGGAGACGGGGAAGAGCUCGCAUCUGGCUCAAAGGCACAUGUGCAAAAUGUGAGAAUUAUUCCAAGGGUUUGGGAUCUCUUAGCUCAGAAUCCUGACAUUUCUGCAGAAAUGAAGCACUGAGCAGCAAGCCCAGGUUUUUUUUCCUGGAGGGAGCAGGUUGGGACCCCUCAGCAGCUUUCCUGGGGACCUCAUAAUCCCCAGACACAACAUUGCAAAUCCAUAGAAGAAAAACAAUCCUCUUCCCAUCCCUCCAGCCCCAACAGGACCUCAGGGCAUGGCUUCACUCCCCUGCAGGGCUUGGUCCCAGCUCAGGUGGUGUUCCCAGGUCACAGAACACCAAACUCACACCCUGCACCCCAGGGAGCAGCACCAACCCUCCCUGCUGUGGCUGCAGGGUAUUCCUGGCUGAGGAAGGAGGGUGAGGGCUGUUCCCAGGGCUUCUCCUCGGGCUGGGGCUCAGUCAGGAGCUCCAGCACACCCAGGUGAGUGACCAGAGGAGGGAAGGGAACAAGAAUUUCCACACCCACAAAAGCCAGUGGAAGAUGUGGAAGCUGAGCCUUCUUCACUAAGCUUCCACGACCUGUGGUGAGCUCUCCAGCAAACACCAGAGCGCAUUCCUGACCCAAUCCACCCUCAACUCAACCUCACAGCUCGUCCUGCUGCACUCCCCUCUUUGUCUGGUCUAUGUUGACAGGAAAUACCCUUGCCUGGAUGGGAGAACACAUGAAAGAACAUUGCUCCUGUUCCUCUGCAUGCAGGAUACAUGUCAGGACAUGUGCCUCGUGACAGGUUAAGAGGGCACAUUUUGGGGAAGGGAAACUUUCUGACAACUCAUCCCUAGAAGGCAGGCAGGUAAUUACAGUCCCAGUGGGCUCCAUCCUCACCAGGAGAAGGCAGCGCCUGACUUUGGUCACGAUUUGAUAAUUUAACAAGGGCAGAAAAAAGAGCGGUGCUGGGCUGUCCCCAAAGAGGGAUGCAAAGUCUGUCACCCAAAAAUAAACACAGGACACGGUCCCUGCUUCAGUCAACUCAUAUUUGGCAGCCCUGGGUGUCACAAGCAGAAGUCACAGAGACCAACCAAAGCUAUCCCAAGGGACAGGCUCCCCCCUGCCAGGAGAGCAGCCUGGAUGGGCAGGAAAUGCCCCUCUGCAGGCAUUUUCUGGACUACAGGUUUCCAAGGGUGCAAAAGGGAAAGUUAUUCCCAAACAGCUCUCAGUUUUCUCCCUCCUAUGCCUUGCACAACAUCCCAUGGCUUUAAAAGCAGAAGAAAAAAGUGAGAAGAGGAGUGCAUGUUUUGUCUUCCAUCCCUUGUGCUUUCCACCUGUCCCACAUCCUUUCCUAGUCAUUGUUUCUUUACAGAAAAAGGGGUUUUAGGAGUGUUGUAAGAUGCUAGAAAAGGAGAGAGCCAGCCCUGUAAACUCCCCCUCUGAGGCUGAACAGAGGUGAGAAAAGUCUGAGUGAAGAUGAGCACUGUCCACCCGACUCUUUGCUAUUGUUGGAAAGAACACAUAUCACAUAAACAGCUCUCCUUUGAAAGGCCCUUACUCAAAACUGAACUGGGAUGCAAUAAAUCAGCCCCCACAUUCACACACAGAAAACCAAAAAAAAAAAAUAAUAAAAAUUAAAAAAAAAAAUAAGAGAAAGAAAAGAAAAGAAAAGAAAGAAAGAAAGGAAGGAAGGGGAAAUUUAGAUUAGUCACAAAGAAGUUUCCCCGCCUGCUUCUCUGUGCAUAAAGCAAUCUCCUGGAGGCAGUGUCUUCACUUCAUCUCAGCUCCUGGAGCUCAUCUGCUCCCUCUGGGCUCCUGCUGGGGCCCUUCCCCAGCAGCUGCUGCCAUGGAAGGACAGGCAGACACAGAGCCAAGGGCUGGAGAGCAGCUGGAGAGCCCAGGGGAAGCUGAGGAGGAUGAAUGGAGGCCCUGGCAAGGAGGACAGGUUAGGAACAUGCUGCACCUCGUGGCUGCUGCUGCUCAGUGGAUUUUACUGCUUGCCUGCCUGGUUUACCUGGGAGUAGAUUUGCUGCGGCCCUCAACGACCCAGAGUGACAAAGUGCCGUGGACCCACAUCCGCUACACAGGCAGAAGCAUCAAAGGAGCAGCCGUGAAUCUCAGCGCUGAACUGGGGCCCAUCCAGAUCAGAAACGGCUCCAUCGUCAUCCCCUGCGACGGGCUCUACCUCGUGUCCCUCCAGAGCUCCAUCUACCUGGAAGAGGAGGACUGGCUGAAGCUGACCCUGCAGGGGACACACAAGACCACCAGCAGCCCCCUGUGGGAGCAGAUUGUCCAGAGCAGCCACAACACCGUGAACUUCACCACGGCGCUCUACUUGUUCGAGCAGGACAGCAUCACGCUGUGGACCAACUCCAACGCCAGCAUCUCAGAUCUGUCCUUCAGCCUGGUGUUAAUAAGUGACAACAAGUGCAGAUGGGAAAGUACAGCCUUCCCCACUGACCUGUAGCUUUUGGACAGGCAGACUGCUCUAGAAUCCCUCCCUGGGGCUGUGGAGAGCUGUGAGGACUGACAGUCAUCAAAUAAGAGAUUUUUAGGCUUCAGGCAUUAACUUGAGCCUGUGGGAAAGUCAAGCACACAACCCUCUCACUCUGGCCUGAGAAAUCAUGAGGAGGAAUCCCAACAGUCCUUGGAGAAGGAAAACAACCUUUGCAGGUGUUGUUUGUUCCUUGUUGUUUGAUUGUCAGAAACAGCCCAGGGGUGUUGUUCCAGCUGCCCAGUGAUGGUGAUGGGUUGGUUUCAUGAGCAAUGAGAGUUUUACCUCCUCAGACCUGCUCAGAGCUGUCUAGAAAAGAAGAUCUGGAAGAAUUAAACUUGCUCUCUUGUGGAACCGAGGCUGGAGAGUCCGUGUGGUCACUUCUCCAUCCCUCAUACAGUGUGAUGUGGAGCCUCAGGUAAACCACAGCUCAGACAGGUUUUCUGUAGAGCAGGCAGGCUUUGCCUCUUUGGAGCUCUGCACAGCUCAUUUGCUACCCAGGAUGGAUCUUCCCAUCACUGGGGAAAGGGAAGGGUGCAGCUCUUGAGAAGAGCAGAAAUAGAAGCCAAAGAAAGUCACCAAAGCUUAGCUGAUAUUCAGAGAAACCCCAAGUUUCUCUAUUUACUUUUAUAUCUGUAUAUAGUAAGAAAUGUGCUAUAUUUUUUCUCAAAUAAAAGUGUGUCGAGUCAGGAAGAUUCCUCAAGUGUCUUGAAGCCACCUGGAGCAGGAGGAGCACGAAUCUGCCUGGAAAGAUGGAAAACAGGGAAGAGGCAGCAAGGGAAUGAGUGAGCCAGAUAAAGGCUGUCUAAGAGGGAAAGGUGGAAAAGAGCUGCCAGGACUGCACUGCACAGCAGGAACACAAGCCCUGCACUGGCUGUGGAGUUUUGGGGAGCAGCCUUGGGGAGCAGAGCCCCACUGGAUGUUCCAGCUGUCUCCAGACCACUGAAGCUGGACCCCAAGGAAUAUCUGGUGGGACAUUUACAUCUCGAGAUGUAAGGCCUCAGAGGAAAAAAAAACCUCUUUCAAGCACAGACACACUGGCUUGACCCAAACGUGAUCCAGGCACGUAAAAAGUUGGUCAAACGUGAAGACUUCUAGAUUUGAUGACUUCUCUCUGAGGGACCAAGUGGGAGCUGCAGGUCUGAGCUCCUUUUCCUCAGGGAGGACUCGGCUGGUUUUGUGACUGCCCCUGACUUUGUCCCACAGGUGUUCACCCACCUUUCCCAUGCCUCCUGUGCACACCUGCCUGGCUCCUGCUGAAGUCAGAGCACUCUCAGUGACCCUGGGCUGCUCAUCCCUGUUCUCUUUGCAGCUCGGGGCUGCUGGAGACAAGUCCUGCCCUGCCCUUGCUGCCUCAGCACAGCCAGCAGCUGUGGGAUUUUUGGUUCAAGUGACACAGAUUUUAAGUUGACUACUGAACUGUCUCAAUAUUUCAGCGUGUCACUGCUGGCUGUACACUCCAAACUCUUCUCUUAAGAAUAUUUAUGUAUUUAAAUAGGCAGGAGAAUGUUACAGCAGAUUUCUUAGAAACACUGGGAAGGGUUCAGACCAGGUUGUCAGCACUGAACUCCUCUUUGAGAAUGCUCUCAAUGCUCUGGACUGUUCCUGCUCUGCAGCACCACUCAGGGCUGAGCAUUCCUGCAGAAUCAGGUGCUACAGGAGGCUAAAGACACCCUCCAGGCUUUGGAGAGCUUUAGGCUGAUGAACUUCCCUACCUGGGCCAGGUAGGCCCAGUUUUCCAGGGGAAACCGGCUGAAGCAGUUAACUCAUGUUAAGAAGCAGCUUUUCUCCUCUCAGCUGAGAAGCUGUGGCUGCCUUGCACCCACAGGAUGCUCAUCAUUAAGGGAUAUUUUGGGCUUUUGACUCUGGCCACGCUUGCCACCACCAGGACUGAAGGCAGGUGCACCCUGCCCCGAGGCUGGGGAUUGUCCCACUCUCCUCCAGGGAAGUGAGAAUGUGUUUCUCCUCCUAAAAAAAAAAUAAAAUAAA